AUGCCAGAAUCCUCCUCAUUAGCAACAAGCCCGCAAAACCUACACGCAAUAUCCCAAACGCUCCUCUCCAAAACAAAAUUAGUCCAUCCCCCCCAAAAAGCACAAAUCAACCCAGUCACCACCGCGGUAAUCGCAGACCUACAUCUCCACCCCACACUCGAAGCAACACUCCACAUCCUCAACCACGACCUACCCUCCGCGCACUUCUUGGUCCGCCACAUGCAAGCCCCUCCUGCAGUCGAAGGCAUGCUUCUACACGGUAUACUGCACCGUGCUGAGGGCGACUUUGAUAACGCACGGGCGUGGAUCGGCGAUGUGGGGGAUGCGUGUGCGGGGUUUGUGCCGAAGAGAAGGGGUCAGAGCGAGAGAUUGGAGAGUGAGGUUUAUGAGAGGAUAGGUAGUGGGGAAGGUGCAAAUGCACAAACAUCGCUCAUUUCUUUCGUGUAUAGCGACGAGGAGGAGGAAGGUAUGAAGCUUAUUCGUGAUGUUGAAGUUUUUCGAGGGAAGAAAGGGAGGGAGAGACUGCAUGGCGAGGAGGAGCAGAUUGAAGAGAGGAUUCGGAUGGAGUUGAGCCGCGUGAUGGAGUGGUCUGGGAGUAAAUUUGGAGAUGGAGAGGUGCUUGAUGCGAGGUCUGCGUGGGUCAAGAAUAGUGACGACAUAACUAGUAUGUCGAAUGCUAUGGUCAGUGGGGAUAUGGGAUGGAGGAAAUUCUGA